CCUCCACGUCGCGCUCUACAUCUCAACGGCCGCCCAUAAAACCCAGCGGUGGCGUGAGCUGAACGGCGCCGAUCCAUUUUCUUCCUCUUCGACAGGAGAAGCCCAUUUCCCCCUUCCUGUUCCUCCCGCCGCUCCUAUCGUGCAAGAACUUGGUACCACAGAGUGAGAGAGAGAGAGGAACGAUUCGUUGAUGCCAUGGAGCCGCCCAAGAGGCAGCUGGCCCUGACGGGAGCCGGCGCAGGCCGGGAGGAGGCGAAGCGCCUGCGCGUCGGGGUCGCCAACCCCAGCGCCGCCGGCUGGCAGGCGCCGACAUCGCCGGCGUCGCCGGGGACGCGGCUCAUGCGGCGGACCGUGCUCGUCGUGCUCUUUCUACUGCGAAUGAGCGACGCGAUCACGGUGACGGAAAGCAUCUCCCAGAUUGGUCGCAUGGUUCAGAGGAAGAUGGAAGGGUUUCAAAAGGUUCAGGCUCUUAUGAUGCGCCAAUUGGAAAAUUUCGAGGAGAAGAUGGAGGCCAAAUUGGAAAAUUUAGAGGAGAAGCUGGAGGGCAAAUUGGGAAAUUUAGAAGAGAAGAUGGAGAGCAAGAGCCAGGAAGUGGAGUUGGCACGUUUUCAUUCCAAUAGACACGCUGAUAAACACCCAAGAUCAGAACCAUAUCAGGAGGGUGCCACUUUGAGUGAACCGAAUGCCAACAUUCGCCUGCGUUUCCUGGAUGGCCUGAAGACUCCAAUUUACACAGACAAGAUUAUAGCAUCUGAGAGCAAUGCGGCUAUCAGGAUUGGCGUCUUUGAUGGUGACAAAAUGAUCAAUGAAGGCCCGCUUUCCAAGGCGAAAGUUGAGAUCCUGGUUCUCCGUGGCGACUUCUGCAGUGACGGUCAGGAGAGUUGGACUGAAGAGGAGUUCAACAGCCACAUAGCGCAAGGCCGGCACAGGCAAGGGUCAGUGCUGGGGGGCGAUUGCAGUGCGUGGUUGAACAAUGGGGAGGCAUCAUUGGGAAAAAUCCGCUUCAGAGAAGGAUCAUCCAGGACUCCCAGUAGGAAGUUCAUCGUCGGAGGAAGAGUAUGCACGAACAGGAAGAUCGGUGGUAUUCGAGUCCAGGAAGCUGUCAUGGAGCCGGUCACUGUGCUGGAUCGUAGAAAUGAAGCAAAUGAGAAGAGGCACCCUCCAAGAUUGGACGAUGAAGUCUAUCGCCUGGAAGAAAUCUCCAAAGAUGGAAUUUACCACAGGAGGCUUAAGGAUGCUCAGAUAUUCAAAGUUGAGGACUUCCUUAAGGCUUUGAAUAAAGAUGCAGACGAGCUCCGUGAAAUGGUCCUCCAGAUCAAGAAGCGCAGUAACGCUUGGGAAAGAAUGGUUAAGCAUGCCAGGGAAUGCUGCCUCGCAGACAGGCCCGAGCUCAAAGCAUAUCACAGUGUAGAUGGGAAUGUAGUGAUCUUCUUCAAUUGCGUGCAUGAUCUUGUUGGAGCAAUUUUUUAUGGUGUUUACAUUUCACGGGACAAUUUUGAUCCGGCUAAGAAGGCUCAAGCGUAUGAGUUGAAAGAGUGUGCGCGCGGUCAGUUGGACAUCCUUCCGUUUGACUAUGUGAUGAAUGGCAAUCUUCCUGAACAAGUUCCCUCUAGCACACAUUCUACUCUGGAUGCAGCAUUCAUUCUUGGGCCGGAUGCCGCGCUUCAACCAAAUGAAAACCAGUUGCAGUACAGGAUCAACAAUAUCACUGAACCAUCUCACCAGAAUGAGUAUAUUCAUGGUGAUCAGAGCACAGUUAACACACAUUAUUACCAAGGAGAAAGUAUUCUACCAGUUGGUCAGCAGCAACCUACAAUUUUCACUGGUGAAUUGCUACACUGGCCCUAUGAAAGAUCAGGUCAAGUGAACAUCCAUAGCCAGAUGCAAGCUCCCAUGUCCAUGGAUGGCGGAAGUGUCAUGCAGGCAUCAACCUCUGUUCAGCACAACCUUCUGUCACAACAAUUUGCUCCUACUCAAGUCCAAGAAAGUAUGCAUGGGAUCCAUUACUCUGAGAAUCCACCUAACCAUGCCGUUGGACCAUCGACAUGGCACGAUGAUAUUAUCCCUGCACGGGAGCCUAGUGCCAAUCUAUUUCCCGGACCGGAUUAUGGGAACUUCUAGCAAGCGAGCACUUUCCACAAUGCAGUUUAGGGCGUGUACCAUCAUGGUUUGUGUGUUGUGUGUCACCACAACUUAGGUGUCAGGUUGUGAUAUACAGUAGUACUUGUUAUUUUCAGUAUCAGGCAUUGUAGACUGUAUGUUUGGACACAAAAUUGCUUGCCCCCAUUCUUUCCUGUUAGAUGUUUCAACAUUGUACAAUGAUGUCGUGUGGGAUCUAAGGGUGUGUUGUAACUUAGGCAAAACAUUUUGUUUUGUGCGCGCCCACUGAUGUUUAAUUGAUGUUUAUAUGUUUUGGAA